CCCCACCCCUCUCUUUAGAAAACCACGUGGACAUUCUAGGAGAGCUAGCAGCUAGCUGGAGAUCAGCAGAGUGGCUAGGAGAUGGUGGACACUUACCAACUAUUCAGGAAGCUCUCCAGUGGAGCUAAAUUCAAGAAAUCAAACUACCUGGAGCGGACAAAAACACAGCCAGUUUUGUUGGAUGGUGAAUCGGUUGCAGAUGCACUAGACUUCUUUGGUGAUCGAGUUGCUGCUAGUAGCAGUGUCUCAUCAGUAGCGGCUCACACUGGUAGGAAGAGGAGGCGCAAAGUGAGCGAAACAGUAGAGUCCGAUACUUGUGAGGGUGGUGGGAGUUGUGAGGGCAGUGAUGCUUGUGAGGACGACUCCGAUGAUGAGGUGUGUGACUCUCGUGAGGGUGGUGUGGGUGUGGAGCUCCUGGCAGGUGUUAAACUGGGCGACGGCACUACGAAAAACAAGAGAAAGAAGAAAAAGAAGAAAUUGGACAGAGAAACUAAAGAGCUGCUCAGGAGACAAGAGGCAAAUGCAUUCCGCAACUCUCACCGUAUCUACAUUAGUGGCCCUGAUGUUCCGGACCCAGUGGCCUCCUUCCAACAACUGCCCCUCCCCUCCUACCUGAUAAGGAACAUUGCUGCUGUGGGAUAUGCCACACCCACUCCCAUACAGAUGCAGGGAAUUCCCCUAAUGCUCAACGGCAGAGAGCUCGUAGCGUGUGCCCCCACUGGCUCCGGGAAGACGGCUGCAUUCAUUGCACCUAUACUAGCACACCUCAAGACCCCACAGAGGUCAGGGUUUAGAGCACUGGUGAUCUCCCCCACGCGAGAGUUGGCUCAGCAGACAUUCAGAGAAUUCAAUCGUCUCAGCGCGGGCUCAGGGUUUAAAGUUCACGUCCUCACCAAAGCCAACGCAAACUCUUUCGGUCCUCAAUCUUCACAACGUUUCGAUAUUCUAGUGAGCACUCCCAACAGACUGGUACAGAUGCUGACUCAGCACCCUCCAGCCAUCAGCCUCAGCAGUGUGGAGUGGUUGGUGUUGGAUGAGGCGGACAAAUUAUUUGAGGACGGAGAUUUUGGGUUUAGAGAUCAGGUGACCCAGAUCUACACGUCAUGUGAUCACCCGGAUGUAAGACACGCCCUCUUCAGUGCUACUCUAGCCUCGGGAGUGGAGGAGUUCAGUUAUGCUCACUUUGAGAAUCCUGUUCGAGUUAUCAUUGGUAUUCCGAACUCGGCGGCUGAGCUAGUGAAGCAAGAAUUGCUUUUUGUUGGACAAGAGAGUGGAAAGUUGCUAGCCAUCAGAGAUCUCGUUAAGAAGGGUUUUUCUCCUCCGAUGCUCAUCUUUGUACAGAGCAAGGAGCGGGCUAAGGAUCUGUUCCAUGAGCUCAUCUAUGACGGUCUCAACGUGGACGUCAUUCACUCAGAGAGGACUCAAGCUCAGAGAGACAAUGUCGUGAAGGCCUUCCGUGCUGGCAAGAUCUGGGUGCUGAUUUGCACUGACCUCCUGGGUAGAGGGAUCGACUUCAAGGGGGUCAACAUUGUGGUCAAUUACGACUGCCCCCCCUCAGCUAUCUCGUACAUACACAGAAUAGGUCGUACGGGGCGUGCUGGACGUGAGGGGCGUGCCAUCACACUCUUCACAGAAGCGGACUCACUCAACUUGAGGAGUAUUGCCAAUGUUAUGACUGCCUCAGGGGAUUACGUGCCGCCAUGGAUACUGGAGCUAAGAAAACCUUCAAAGAACACUCGUAAAGAGCUGUCCAAGAGGCCACUCGUGAGAGAGGGUAUCAAGACGGCCUCCAAGUAUGACUUACAGCGCUCAAGGAAAAAGAAAGAUAUGGUAGAAGGCAGCAAGAGACGGAUGACACUGACACAUUAGCUUAGCAUUGUGAAGUAUGUAGCUAUUGUACGAUGUCUAAAACUGUAUAUACAACCAUUCAAUUGUUCAGUAGUGAUG